UGUCCAGGAGCUUCCAGACCUGCUGCUGAGGGAAGAGGAGGUAGCAGGCAUUGCGGAGGACAUUGAGGCGGCCCUCUUCCACCUGACCCAGGACACCAACCUCCGCUACAAGACCAAGUACCGCAGCCUGCUCUUCAACCUGAAAGAUCCUCGAAACUCCGACCUGUUUCUCAAAGUGGCGCACUGUGAUGUCAGCCCUCAUGACCUGGUGCAGAUGAGUUCAAUCCAGCUGGCCCCCAAGGAGCUGUCCCGCUGGCGGGACCAGGAGGAAAGAAGGGGCCUGGACAUCAUUGAGCAACAACAGAAGGAGCUGUAUAGACUUCCCACCUCCAAGCUGACUCACAAGGGUGAGGUAGAGAUCCCACGGGACUCAGACCAGAUGCUGACCCUGGAGGACCUGAUGGAACCCAUGAUGGCACGAGAGUACAGCCCACCGGCCCUGACGACCCUACUGGAGGACACUACAGAUCAACAUCAGCACCACUUCUGGGACUCAAACUGCCACAUCUGCAAGGGCGGGAAGGAAGGCAGGAGGGGCAUCAAUAGUAGCUGUCUGGAGCCACAUGUGGGCGUCAGCCACAGCAUGGAUUGGAAAUCCUCAACUAAACUGCCAGACUCCUCCAGAGCCAUCAUGAAUAAGGAGGAAAAUGCCAUCCAGAACGCCCCAAGUCUAGCUCCUGUGUCCUCUCCAGAGAUGCUCAAGGCUGGGGAGACAUCUUCCAAGGAACCACAGGAUGGGCUCCAGAUACCUGCUGAGCCCAAAGAUGUUCCUCCCAGCCCUCCGCCCUGGGAAGGCUCACUAGAUAUGUUCUCUAUCAAGCCAUUCUGGGCCAAGGCUCAGCUGAUUUCAGGACACAGUUGCCAGCUUCUCCAGGCUUUGCCGGAGGUCAUUCGCUCAGCAGGCUGCCUCCCUCCAAAUGACCUUUGGAAUCUUCUGGACAGCAUGUGCGCAGCCAAAGCAAAGGAUAUUUGCGUGGCCAGACUCUGUCCCCAUGGGUCUCAGGACAUCCACAACUACCGCGUGCUCUACUCCUACCUCAACAACAAACAACGCCACUGCCUGGCGACUGUGCAGCAUGUGAAGAUGGUCCUACUACCUCUGCCCGCCUUUCAGCCUCUGCCAGCCAGACUGCGCCCUCUAGGGGGCCCAGGUCUUGAAACCACUCACCCGAGCCUGUUACUAGCUGUGUUGUUCCCUAAGGAUGGACUUCCGGACAUAGCCAUGUCCAGCCCUCUGUGGAACAAGGUUCCAAAGACUGUCUCCUUCAGCAAAAGAGUGGAGAAGAGAUGCUACCAGCCAGAGGACAGUAUUUCAGAGGCCACCCUGAGAGGAUCACCUUCCCACGAGGAGGCCCCAAAGCAGAGCUUGUCCAAGGGCAGCACGACUCCAAGGAAUGUUUGUGCCUGGCAGAGCCUCCCCAGAGUCAGGGGGAGGCAACAACCUAGGUGGGAACAGCAGUCCCCAGAAGCAAGCUGGAGCCACCCCCAACAUCCCAAUUCAGGUAGACCAGUUUUCCCUGGUGUUGGUCAUGGACAACCCCUCCAUAGGGCCUCCUGUUUCCACCAAGACAUACUCCAGCACCUCAAUAUCUUAGUGAGCAUGAGCCACCAGUUCCAGGCUUCGCUGUGGCCCCCAGGCCAAGAGCCCCUACUCCCAUCUUCUGCAGUAUCUGCAGUUCCAGACCCCCAUGGGCCAAUCCCAGACCCUUCUGUGGGCCCUGUGGAUGGAACUGGUUCUGAGUGUCGCUGGCCAGAAAGGCCUGACCCUUCGGAUCCAUCAGAACAGUAG